AUGUCUACACUGAAAAUCCGAUCAAAGAAACCAGACGACAUUCGAGGUAUGGUGACGCUGAGGCUGCUCAUUCGGAAGCUUGUGCGGAGGGGUCUCUCCAUUUUAUCAGCCAGAGGCUUUCAUCACCACAAUGAUUUUGAUGAAGCCACAGUGGUGCCAGAAGAUGUUAAAGAAGGGCAUUUUGCUGUCUUUGCAGUGAAGGGCAAGGAGGCAGAGAGGUUUGUGGUGAAAUUAGAGUCCUUGCAAAACCCUGAGUUUUUGAGGUUGCUAGAAGAAGCUGAGGAAGAAUAUGGAUUUGAACAGAAGGGGGCUCUUGCUGUUCCUUGCAGGCCAGAGGAGUUGCAUAAGAUUUUAGAGAACAGGAGGGAGAAGAAUAGUAGUAAUAAUAAUAUUAAUCUUACAGUUAUACAAGGAUACUAG